CCGUCCGCUCCAGCCAGCGGGGCUCUGGAGCGGAAUCCGCAGCGGGAGCAGUCGCGCGUGACCGCCCGAGAGCGUUCCCGAGGCCGAGCCUCUGCGGAGCGGGGGCUGGGAAUGGGAGCGGCGUGAUAAACAGGACGCUGAGGGAUUGCUUCCUGCGCUCGGAAAAAUCCUUACCAGUCUGACUUCAGCAGAAAUUUUGUGUCUGAGCCCCUUUUACUUGAGGCUGUGCUGAAGCUACAGUAACUUGAAGAACACUUCAAGAAUGAGUCCACCACAAGAUAGAAAUAGAAAUUCCUGCAGCAGUGAGACUCUGGCAAAGUGCUUUCAAGCAAAGAAGGACUUGGAAACAGCUAUAUCUGGAAUUGUCAAAGCUGAACAGCAGAUUAAGGAGAACUGGCGGGAGGUCAAAGCGAAGAUCCACAGCCACAUCAGCCGGCACCUGGAAUGCCUGCGCAGCCGCGAGGUCUGGCUCUUCGAGCAGGUGGAUCUCAUCCAGCAGCUCAAGGAGGAGGCCUUGCAGCAGCAGGCACAGCAGCUCUACUGGUAUUUGGGACAGUUCAAUUGCCUUAUUCAUCAGCUGGAACGCUCCUAUAGCAAUGAACUAGCAAACCAGAUCUCAGUGUGCCUGGAGAGACUGGAAGGUCUUACACUUAAACCAGAAGAGUCUUCCAUCCUGAAUUUUGAGGCUGACACCUCUUACCUUCGCCAGGCUAUUACCUCAUUUGGUUCCAUUAAAACAAUGCAAACCUCAGAGAGAGAGAAUGCAUCUCCCUGGUUCCCGGGGCAGAACUGUGCCCUGAUGAACUGUGAGCAGCAGAAGACACUGUGUGGCACAGUGAGUGCCUCCCUUGCAGACUGGCUGCUGGGAAGCAGACCCGUGGCUGCUCACCAGGCUCCGUAUGUUCCCAGCACCAAUCUUGAGGAAUGGGUUACACAAAAAUGUGUGUCAGAGCCCAGCCAGGAUUUGAAUUCUUCCAAAGUUUGUUAUUCUGAACAAGCCUGGGGAAAUCUGAAAGAUUUGGAGAACUGGCUCCUGCAGAAUCAGCAGUGUGAUGUUGCUGGGAAGACAGACUCCCCUGGCCGCAAGGACUCCACCACUACUUCCAGUUCAUCCUUUUCCACUAUUGAAAAGGUGGAGGAACUGGAAUACCUUGGACAAGAAGAGAUGGACCUUUCUGACUGGCUGAUUACUGCUGACACAGAAAAUGGAAAUACUGCUUCAGAUGAGAAAUGGAAGUGUGAGUUUAAACCUUUUAGGGAAGAAUGCAAUUUGAGUGAUUGGCUCCUCAAAGCUGAAACAUGUACCAGUUGUCGUGGCAGCCAGAUCAAAAAUGUGGAAAUUGAGAACCUGGGAAAUCUGAAGUGCCUGAAUGAGCAUCUUGAUGGAAAGAAAUCACCCACUACAUCUCCUGUAAAUGCUUGGCUUCUUCAACAUCCCCAGGCCCCCUUUAAAGUGGAAGAUGUGUGCAAAGCUAAUGAGCUGUGUGCCAGCUUUUCAGAAUGUGUGUGUGAUGAAAACUGUGGAAAAGAGGCUCUUUGCAAAUGGCUUCUGAAGAAGGAUUGGAAGGAUAAAAAUGGAGUUCCAGUCAGCCAGAAAGAUACACCAGACCCUGAGUAUGAGAAGAGCAAGUCUGCUGCCAGUACCUGGCUGAACCCCACACAGCAGCUCACAGGGGAGCCCGUGAGUGCAGAGAAAGUGGAUUAUUCGGCAGAGAUCGCAGAACCCUUGAAAGUAUUGCUGGAAAGGCCUCUGACGAGCUGGCUGGCCAAGGCUGAGCACAGAGCAGAAAGCGCAGAAGAAAAGGCGAGUCGGGAAAAAGCAGACAAGAGUUUCAAGAGUCCUUUCCUAGACCUCCUGGCUCCAUUCCACCUCCCCUUGAAUGUGAACAGUUGGGUGUUGAGUUCAAAUGACCUGGAAAAUGCAAACCCGCCUCCAGCGGAAGAUAAAUGGCUUCUGCGCAAGAAAGCACAAGACUUUGGCCUUCCUACAGUUUGUGACCUUUUUGCCUGUAUGAAACUCAGUGGAGAUAACGAAAAGUGGCUGUAUCGAUCUCCUUUACAGAUGUGAAGAACUGGAAGUGUCGAAUCAUCCCCUUCCUGCCAUCAGUCGCACAGUGCUGAGUGACUGCAGCCAGCUGAGUUCUCGUGUUUUGUGUUCGGCCGUCUGCUUUUUCUUCUAAAAUUAUAACAAAAAGAAAGAUUACUCAUAUAACAGAGUUAUGGUGCAGAAGAUGCCUUUUUGUUAUGAUUAAUUCUGAAAUGUAAACCCACUGAGCGUAAGCAAUCUGAUGCUAUAGAGGUGUUGGCAAAUUCCUGUCUGUUAUGGGGAUACAAGGAUCUUCUUUCGUGGGUUGUCACUUGAAGUAUGUUGAAGCCAGUGCAAGUAUAAAGCAAAAUCUUCCUGGUGCUGUGAAACGUCCACCUUUGGCAGUGACUUUGGAAGUGCUGCUGUUCCUUUCAGCUGCUACAACUUUGUCAUGCAUUGCAUUCCAGCUUAUGGGCAUUGCAAGGUAACUUAGGCUGUAUUGGGAAGCGAUUUCUUUUAUUGAGCAGUUGCCAACUUCGAAGGCUUCAUUUGCAUCUUGUAUUGGUGCAUCUCCCAGCUGCGUAUGUGUAGUCCAGAUUUUGAAAAGGACAUAGAUUUAUGGGACCUGGCAUGCAACAGGAGAAUUGGUAACUUAUUUUUAAAUGAAAACUUUUCUUGCAAAUUUUUGAGCCAUUCAGGGAAUAUGGUAGGGUAGGGUGUUGAUUUUCAUUCACCAGGAGAUCAGACCCUGCCUUGUCCCCAGCAUUUAAUAACUAUUUGAAUGUCACUGGAAAAGCUGUAAAAUGGAAUGUGUAUGUUUCUUCAAGGUAAUUCAUAAUGAGUUUUUAUUGACUGAACCACUGCAAAGCAGGCAUCUUAGCCAUAUAAUAUUUAAAGGUAAUAUUUGGGGAAUCAGAUGCCUUUCAGCAGAUUGAUGUUAUGCUGUUUCAUUGGGAAAUACAAACUUGGCAAACUGUGUGGCUCCCACUGAUGCAGUUUAAAGGUAUUUAAUCUGUGGAUUUCCCUGUGAUUAUGCAUGUGAAAGUGGGGUCCAGUAACUCACAUCCUUAUAGCUGUGGACAUAAUAUGAGCAAUACCUCUUCAGAUGUUUAGCAGUUUGAGCCCAUAGGAAAGAAUGCAGAGAUGUUAGACGGAAAUAUGGAUCAUGAAAAACCGAAGUUUUGUAGUUUCUGGUGUAGUUUCUAUUCACUUAACAAAAUGCUCUUUAUGAAAAUAGCCUCUCCUUCUGCAGCCUGCCUGGGAAUGGAAGUUGAGUUCUUCACAACCCUGUAGAAAAGAAAUUAUUAUCAAGAUCUGACCUUGGUACCACUCUGCAGUGUGAACACAUUCCUGUCUGAUCGAACCUGUGCAUUUGUUUAAAAAUAAGUUUUUAGUCUGAGAAGGGGACACUGCACAUCUGAAACCAGACCCUGAAAGGGCUUAACAUCAGCAAACCACUUGAGGCUUUUGUACUUUCAUAGCCAGGGCUUUCUGCUGGAGGCAGAAAGGUGUUUUGGAAGUCCACUGUCCCUUUCAAAUGUGUCCUUGUUGCUGUAUGGGAGGACUGCACUGUGACUACUCCAGUAAUAGCCUGAUGUGAUUAGCAGUUGAAUUUUAUGAAGGUGAUUGACGUGCAGCCCACCUCUUCUAAUGAAUUCCUUGUAGUUGUCAUUGUGUGCUACUUUGUCAGUUCAUUAUGGGCCUUUAAAACUUGGGAGGUAUGUAUUCCUUUACUUACUCAACUGACUUGUUGUCACUAAUUGAUAUUUAUGUAAAACAUUGAUUAGUCUUUUCCAUUAAAAAAUAAUUGCAACCAAA